CCGUGCUCUGCUUUCCUUUGCUCUGCUAGCCUUAGCUUUCCUAGUGGCUUUCUCUCCCUUUCUUGACGUCCCUUCUUUUGGAGGGUUUCGUCUCUUUUCUUUUUGCUCUCUUUUACCUUCUCCUGCCCUCACCCCUCCCCCCUCCCCCCCCCCCCCCCCUUCCCCUCACAUCCUUGGAAGCAACAAUUAAGCAGCUCUGGGAUAAAACACACUGACUGCGAGAGCACGGGGGCAUUGCUUCAAGAGAUGGCAAGGCAGGCAGCUGCACCCCUCCUCCCCGGAGUCCUCCUCCUCUUCUCCAUCCUCCCGGCUUCCCAGCAAGGAGGGGUCCCUGGUGCUAUUCCGGGAGGGGGAGUCCCAGGAGGAGGCUUUUUCCCAGGUGCUGGGGUCGGAGGUUUGGGAGCAGGUUUGGGAGCAGGGCUCGGUGCUGGAGGAAAACCUCUCAAACCAGGGGUCAGUGGCCUCGGGGGACUCGGCCCUCUUGGCCUGCAGCCAGGUGCUGGGGUCGGAGGUUUGGGAGCAGGUUUGGGAGCCUUCCCCGGAGCAGCUUUCCCAGGUGCUGCGGCUGCGGCCGCUCUUAAGGCUGCGGCAAAAGCUGGUGCUGGCCUUGGUGGCGUGGGUGGAAUUGGUGGCCUUGGAGGUGUGGGUGGAGUUGGUGUUCCCGGAGGCCUUGGUGUUCCCGGAGGUGUGGUGCAGCCCGGGGUUGGCGCGGCGGGGAAGCCCCCCAAAGUGCCAGGUGCUGGCAUCCCUGGAGCUUUCCCGGGUGGUGGUGUGCUCCCUGGAGCAGGUAUCCGCUUCCCCGGUGUAGGCGUGCUGCCCGGCGUUCCCACUGGCACCGGGGUCAAGCCGAAAGGUCCAGGAGCAGGAGCCUUCGCAGGAAUCCCCGGACUGGGAGGCUUUGGAGGCCAGCAGCCCGGUGUCCCUCUGGGGUAUCCCAUCAAAGCUCCCAAGCUCCCAGGUGGCUUUAGAUUGCCCGCCAUCAACGGCCUUGGACCAGGUGGGAUAGGAGUAGGGGUUCUUGCUGGGAAGGCCGGCUACCCCACUGGGACAGGUGUUGGAGCACAGGCAGCGGCAGCAAAAGCAGCAGCUAAAUAUGGAGCUGGUGUCCUGCCCGGGGCUGGUGGCAUCCCAGGGGUGGGUGGCGUGGUGCCCGGUGUCGGUGUUGUGCCAGGAGUCGGAGUGGGAGGCCCGGCAGCAGCAGCAGCUGCAGCGAAGGCAGCAGCAAAGGCAGGAGCCUACGGUGCAGGGGUGCUGCCCGGGGUUGGUGGUGUCCCAGGUCUUGUGCCUGGUGUCGGCGGUGUGCCUGGCUUGGUUCCUGGCGUCGGAGGUGUUCCUGGGGUGGCAGGAGUUGGGACACCAGCGGGAGCAGCAGCAGCAGCCAAGGCAGCUAAGUAUGGAGCUGGCGUUCCUGGUGUUGGCGUUCCUGGUGUUGGCGUUCCUGGUGUUGGCGUUCCCGGUGUUGGCAUUGGAGGUGUUCCUGGUGUUCCUGGUGUUCCCGGUGUUCCUGGUGUUCCUGGUGUGCCUGGUGUGCCUGGUGUGCCUGGAGUACCCGGUGUGGCUGGUGUUCCUGGUGUGGUGCCUGGUGUUGGAGUUGGUGGCCCAGCAGCUGCUGCUGCAGCGAAGGCUGCAGCAAAAGCGGCCGCAUUUGGAGCAGGGGGUGUUCCUGGGGUUGGUGUUCCCGGGGUUGGUGUUCCCGGGGUUGGUGUUCCUGGGGUUGGAGUACCUGGAGUUGGAGUACCUGGAGUUGGAGUACCUGGAGUUGGUGUGCCUGGAGUUGGUGUACCUGGGGUUGGCGUUCCCGGAGUUGGCGUUCCCGGAGUUGGCGUGCCCGGUCUGGUGCCUGGAGCUGGCCCAGCUGCUGCUGCCAAAGCAGCCGCCAAAGCCGCCAAGUAUGGAGCAGCUGGCCUGGUUCCCGGUGUAGGCGGCCUGGUUCCCGGCGUAGGUGGCCUUGCUCCUGGAGUAGGUGGCCUUGCUCCUGGAGUAGGUGGCCUUGCUCCUGGUGUAGGUGGCCUGGUCCCCGGUGUUGGAGGUGUCCCAGGUGUUGGAGCUCCAGCAGCAGCCGCAAAAGCAGCAGCCAAGGCAGCCAAAUAUGGUGCUGGUGUUGGAGGGGUGCCAGGCGCUGUGCCCGGUGCUCCUGUUGUGCCAGGAGUGACGCCUGGCGUUGGUGGUGUCCCCGGCUUGGUACCAGGUGUAGGGGUGCCCGGUGCUGGCGUUCUCCCCGGGGCAGGCAUCCCUCAGGUCGGGGUGCCGCCUGGUGCUAAGCCUCCCAAAUUUGGUGUGCCAGGGGCUGGAGUCCCAGGGGUUGGUGGCAUCCCAGGUGCCCUCGGGGUUGGUGGCCUCGGAGUUGGUGGCCUUGGUGCUGGUGGCCUUGGUGCUGGGCUCUUGUAUCCAGGAGCUGCUGGAAAACCUCCUAAGCCAGGUUUUGGUGUUGGGGGGCUGCAGCCAGGGGCUGGAGUUCCCGGUUUUGGUGUGUCACCGAUAUUUCCAGGUGGGGUUGCCGGUCAGCUGGGAUUUGGCGGGAAGCCCCCCAAGACCUACGGAGGAGCCCUGGGGGCCCUGGGCUUUAGAGGUGGAGUUGGCUGCGCACAAGGGAAAUACUGCGGGAGGAAGCGGAAGUAACCGCCCACCGCCACCGAUGACCUCAUGAACUUUGGUGCUACUGCAUGGUCCAGAAUGUAAAUCCCCACCAAGCUGAGACCCCCCCGGCCCCACGCUCCCGGCAGGGACCCCACGGCAGCGUCAGGGGCCACCCCCCCACCCCGGGAACCCCCCCAGCCCCAGCAGGGAGCGCGGAAUAAACUGCGGGGAGCAGCCGUCCCCCUUGGUGCUAUCGCUCCUUGUGGGGGGGCCUGGGACCCCCACCCCAACCCGGCCCCGGUGCUCCCCCUGGGGGGUGGCUGAACCCAGGGGGGGGCUGGGUUGAGCACGAGGGGCACUCAGGGGUGGGGGGAAGGAGGGAGGGAGCGAAGGAGGGGGUCCCGGUGGCAGGGGACACCGCGGGGACACUGCCGGCCCGCGGCUCCCCCCAGCCCCCUUCAUGUUACUCACUUUGAUAUAACUGGGUGGGACGCCCUAUGCAGAGGGAAUCGCUGCCAACAGACUAAUAAAGGACAAGUUUUUAAUGGAA